UUCAUUCAUAUGCUAAAUUUUUCACCGGUGUUAUCUGUUUAAAUUAAAUACAGUGUUUGCCCGAAAAAAAUAACGUUUUAAUGAACCCAUCUAAACUGUUUAUGGCUCGCAAACAAUGGUAGCGUGCAUAGUGGUUGAUAUAGAUGAGCUAGCUUAGCUGCAAAUUCAAUUGACAUGAUCAAAUGGGGAGUGUAUUGGCCGCCGGCUCCCCCAGCCCACCGCCACCAGCCUUUGCCGGUGUGGCUGGUGCGGGCCUGACAGUGCCACCAGGUUUUGGGAUGCCUCCGGUGUCUCCUGUGUCACCCUCGACUGAGGUGACUUCAGUGCAGUCGCAGGAAGUGACUGAUUCUCUACCUAAUCCGGGUACAUUUGAUGAGUGUCAUCGCAAGUGCAAAGAGGUUUUCCCGAUGCAGAUGGAAGGCGUCAGGCUAGUCGUCAAUAAGGGCCUUAGCAACCACUUCCAGGUGAACCACACUGUGUCGCUGAGCACUUUGGGGGAUUCCAGCUACAGGUUCGGUGCCACUUAUGUUGGACUAAAGCAGAAAGGUCCAGCAGAGUUUUUUCCAGUUAUGAUUGGAGACAUGGACAACGUUGGCAGCCUUAACGCUCAAGUCAUCCACCAGAUCAGCAACAGCAUACGAUCCAAAAUGGCCUUUCAGACACAGCAACACAAGUUUGUCAGCUGGCAAGGCGAUGCAGAGUUCAGGGGCAAAGAUUUUACUGCAACAAUUACACUUGGAAACCCCAAUGUCCUUGUUGGCUCUGGUAUUGUCGUAACGCACUACCUCCAGUCCCUCACGCCUUCUCUGGCUCUGGGAGGGGAGUUGGUGUACCAUCGCAGGCCGUCAGAGGAGGGCGCUGUAAUGUCUUUAGUCGGCAGGUACACAGGCACCAACUACAUCACCACGCUGACUCUCGGAUCGGCGGGUGCUCACGCCUCCUACUACCACAAAGCUAAUGAGCAGUUGCAGCUCGGUGUGGAGUUUGAGGCGAGUACUCGCAUGCAAGAUACCAGCGUGUCGUUUGGCUACCAGCUAGACGUUCCCAAAGCUAAUUUACAGUUUAAAGGUUCAGUAGAUAGUAACUGGGUGGUCGGUGCAACUCUUGAAAAGAAGUUGCUGCCCCUGCCUCUCUCCUUGGUUCUCUGCUCCUUCCUCAACCAUAACAAGAACAAGUUCCAGUGCGGGUUUGGGAUUACGAUCGGUUAAACCGACCAGAUAUACGUUUGUUGACCUCACAGGAUGGACCCGCUCACUUCGAACACUCUAAGCAACUAUUCAUCACCUUAACAUUGAUAACCUCAAGUUUCAACAGACCUUCCAGCCAUUUUCAUGUUUCUUGUUUCCUCAGUCCAGUCACAGUUCGUUGUGUAAAUUUGAUGUACAGACACCUGACAUUUACACAUUACUGAAAUACUUAGUUAUCUCUGAGCUCAUCGACUGUUUCUUUAUUUUAUUUUUUUACUAUGAAGGCUAUUUUGAAGUUAAUGAUAAUGUUGUUCUGUUUACCAGGAAUGGUACUUUUUCUUCAUCACUUGCCUUUUUUAUGUUAUGUUAUGAGGAGCAGUAUAUAUUAACUGUAUUAUUAUUCUUGGAAACUGAAAAAAUAUACUAUUUGUAAAGAAAAAAAAGGCCUGUCUUGUUUGAUUUUAUCAGCCAUGAAAGCUGAUUGGUCAAAAAUAAGGGCCACAGCCUCCCAGAGCUUUUUAAUGUGGUAUGUUUAAAAAAGAAAGAAAAUGUAAAUACAUUUUUCGGAUAACUUGAAGUUUUAUACGGAGAGAAAGAUUUUAGCGUCUGGUAUAUUUCCCUGCGGUAUCAGAAAACAAGAGAUGAAAAUUAGAGUCACAGUCCUGCUCAGGUUUUACUUGACCGACUGUACAAUGUUGUAGGCGCAGUAGUUCACUGACAAGUUGACAACAUUAAUAUCCGCUUUCGCCAGACAUUUACACCCCGCCCAUUUAAUUGCACCACUGCUAUCGAUGUGCAGAACAAAUGGUGCAUUCAGUUGUAGCAACAGUGAAAUAGUAGCUGACCUGUUAUCUUAUCCGUUGACUUGUCAAUGUCACAACUCAUCACUGUUGACACGUGACUGAGUGACCUUUCUCUUGUCAGGGUUCUUUUUCCUCAUUGUCAAUUAACAAACAAAUCAUACUGAACGAAUUAAGUGUCGUCGUCGU